AAUUGAAACAAUCAUAUGAGUGGAGAUAAGGUGAUAAUAGUUCAAAAAUCAGAAUGUCAUUUCUCCACUUUCACAAGAGUGAAAUUAAUUAAACAGCUAAAAUGGCUUCCAAUUUUGAGACUUCAAUUCAUAGGGGAUCAGAUUUGUUCUUUGACUUUUCUUGUUACACUUGUAAGGGAAAUGACAGAAACACAGAGGCUGAAUUUUACUGCGAGGACUGUUGCAAGAUUUACUGUGGCAAAUGUUUGGAGCACCAUAACUUUCUUUAUCAGAAGCAUGUAACUUUGGACAAGAAAAACUUCAGUAAGUGGCCAGUUUCUGAUGCAACAUUUGAUGUUCUAGAGCAAUGUGAGGUGCACAAGAACAGGAAAUUGGAAACAUUCUGUGAGGACCACAGUGCGCUGAUGUGCACAGUAUGUCAUGUCUACAAUCAUAAAAAAUGCAGCCAUUUUGUUCUCAUAGCUGAUAAAGUGAAAGACCUGCACCAAAAAGGGGAAUUCAAGCAGUUGUCAGCGACUCUUGAUACUUUACAUAGACAGUUGAUUAUGAAGAAAGAUGACCUUGAGGAAAGUCUGAAGUCCCUGGAACAAGCCUACAAUACAAUUCUGGAAGAAAUCAAUGCUUUACGCAAGGCAAUCAAUGAUUCUUUGGAUCAACUGGAGAGGAAUACCAUCAAGGAGCUAGACACACUACUGGCUAAAUUGAGAACAUCUAUUCAAACUGAUAAUGCAAACUGCAAUGAGUCAAUCAAAAAGAUGACAUCUGUUAAAGAAGAUUGGCUUACUAUGAAAGGCAAAAGUGAAGCAAUCCAAAUGAUUAUUUACAGAAAAUGCUUGGACAUGUCUCUCAAGACCAAAGCAGUUUUACAAGAAAUGACAGUAGAGAAUGACAUAACACUGAGCUUUACACCUGAUCCAAUCAUCCUUCAAACCAUGGCCACUCUUUCAGGAUUAGGACAAAUACUCACAGAAAACAGAGUAACCAAAGAGACAAAACCUGAAGCAUGUUGUGCACUACCCAUCAAAAGUGAUCCUGAAAUCCAAGCAAGUGAAACUAACAAGCAAGACCUGGUUACCAGUCCAGUAUUAGUAUUAGGAACACCCAGACAAGCAGAAAUUGCAAACCAAACAAGUGCUCUUAACAAACUAGAUACAAUUUCCAAUCAAGCAUCAGUACCACAUAAACAGUAUCAUACAGUAACAUCAAGUUCAUCAACCCAGUUGGUCCAAAGAUAUCUAUCAAGUGCACAUGACAAGUCUGAUCCAAACCAAAUCAUCAGAAUGAACAGAAUGAAGACAAGUAAGAUGUAUAAUGUUAAGAUAGAGAAGGAUUCUGAGUAUAGCUGGUGCUAUAUAACAGGUAUCUGUGAGAUAGCUACUGGAGAACUCCUGAUCACAAACAACAGAAAAGUUAAGCUGUUGGAUCAGACCAUGAAGGUGGUGACCCACUAUGACUUGCCUAGUAACCCAUUGUCCACUUGCAGCAUCGACUCAAGUCUGGUGGCUGUUGCUAUGUAUAUCAAAGAGAUCAUUUUCAUCAGAGUGACCAAUCGUAAGCUGGUAAAGGACAGAACUAUGGAAUUCCAACAUUUAUGCCAUAGUAUUGCCCAUCACCAGGGCAAUCUGUUCAUUACAACAGUCACAGCUCUGUACCAAUACACUGUGGAUGGAAGACUCCUGAGAAAGCUGUAUGAAGAUACAAGGGGAACAUGGACAGGUUACUGUUUCAGCAUUUAUGUGAAAAACAAGAUAAUGAAAGUUGGCACCUGUGCAGUGAGUCCAGAUGGAGAGAGGAUAUAUGUGACUAACUAUGACAAUAAGCUAGUCACACUGUCCAGGGAUGGUACAGUGAUCUCCACACUGUCUGACCCUGCACUGAUGUGGGGGGAAAACAAACCUGGCCUCCAUGUGACAGACACAGGACAGGUUCUGGUAUGUGGAGGCUGGUCCAACACAAUCAUCCAGGUGGACACAGAUGGGGGACAGAGACUUGCAGAUGUGGUCACAGAGAAGGAUAAUGUGAGAAAACCAACAUGUGUCUACUACAGUAAACAUACAGGAAUUCUAGUUGUGGGAAUGUCGGGUGAUAAUUGCAUUUUGGUGUUCAGCACAUGCUGAAUCUUUGAAUAGUUGAUAUGUCAUGAUUUAAAUAUGAUAUUAAAUGUUUGGGAUAGAAGAUAUUCAAGAAAUUAACAUAUGAAAGCGUUCCCAUGAAAAAGCACUCUCUCCAUAACAAUAUCAAAGUGAGUUAAAUAUGGUCAUAUACUAAUAAGUUCAUUAGAAACUUUUUUUGAUUGGAAUAUCUAUAUAAUCUACUACUAUUUUGUUUGGGAGAAUCAGUUUUUGUUAUACCUGUUGUUAUAAAUUUUAUUGUAUAUUAUUGUUCACAAUUGUAUCUGUGAAGUACUGUUAUAAAUAUUGACUUAAUGAGUCAAUAUGUUAAGUAUUGUUUGAUCUCUUAAAUUAGCACGAUAUUAAAUAAAAGUGAUCAUCAAAAAAACAACAAGAAUUAAGCCUAUUUUACACAGAUGCCCUGCUAUAUGCCAAUGGAGGAUUGGGUGGACAGACAUUAUGAGAAUUAUUUGUUUAAAUUAACGAGAUGAAAAAAUGCCCUGAUGCACUCCCCUGAGACAUUAAGAAAUAGAGACAGGGCCCUCAAUCUAUUAAAUCUGCCGCCGAAAUUCAGCGGCAGUCCCCCACCUGAAAAGUAUACUUUUCUCCCCUUUUGGGGGGUAAAAAUUCCCCCUAAAAAAAUAAAAUAAGAUGUGUCUCAUGAUUAUUAUAUCUCAAUUCUAUUUCAAUUUAAUCUUUGCAAACAUACUAAAUUAUGAAAAAUGCAAUGAAUAUAGUGCAAACAUGUACAAAUGUAAUAAUGAGAGAGUAAGUAAAAAAAUCCCCUAAAAGGGAAACGCCGCGAAAAUUCCCCCUCCUAAGGGCUGCCGACCCCUUCCCCCAAAGUAGUGUGAGGGAUGCUGAGAGAAUAAUAGGUUAGUGUUGAUUACAGUUCAGGUUUAUCAUGCGAGGCUUAGAAAACAAAAAGCACGAGCCUUGGCGAGUGCUUUUUCGUUUUCAGGCUGAGCAUGAUAAACCUGAUCUAUAAUCAACACUAAUUUUUAUUCUAUUUAUCCCACUUUUUAUUUUGUAAACCUUUUUAUUUAAACAAAAUUAGUUUGACUGGAUAAUUUCGCUGGAUUUAUGACGUCAUUUCGUCGAAAUAUUGACGUCAUUUCCUGCCGUUGAUUAUAGAUGAUAUUUAAUCAACAGGGCUUUAAUCAAACGAAUUCGCUGUAAAAGUGGGAUAAAAUUAAUUGAUCUGCUUUUUUAUGUUUGUAUAAUAUAUGUGACUUCUGACAAAGCAUUUUUACACUUUAUGCAAAAGAAUUUAUAAGGGAAGCGAUACAGUUGUAUUGAUAUCAUAAAUGUUGUUCCCAAGUUAGAAAAUAAGGCAAAGGAUCCUGUUUGGCCAACCGUUUUGAAUCAUAAAAUAAAAGCUGGAACAUGUACUAUCAUGUCAUAUCAGGAAAACUGCGUCACCUCAUUGCAGCCAUGUAUCUUAUAUAGAAAUGUUUAGACUUUCUUGAGAAAUGUAUGCUCAUAUACAAAUAAAAGUUCUGAAGCCAGUUGCAUGAUGAUUGUGAGUAAACAUGUGAUUUCUU